AUCAACCCAUCAUCAAUAGAAGACCUGGACGAUGACACGACCUUCAAUCCCCAUCACAUUCGCGCAAACUUCUCGCUAUACCCCUAUGAGCAUUUACUCUAUUGUGAUGAAUGCCACCAAAUCAGAUGCCCCAGAUGCUGGGCUGAGGAGAUUUUGAACUGGUUCUGUCCAAGCUGUCUUNUUGAGGUUCCUAGUAGUGUAGUCAAAAGCGAUGCANGAUGUACUCGAAAUUGCUACAACUGUCCGACCUGCACUUCUCCACUGUCUAUUAACGGUCUUGACUCUUCAACAAAGGACCAUCUAGCUCCUCCAGACGCCAGCCAACCGACGGGUCCAUUCUUCUUAUCAUGUCCCUAUUGUGACUGGUCCUCGUUGGAUGUUGGUAUACAGUUCAACAAGCCCACCAAAAUCACCGAUCAACUGGUCAGGAUGCGCUCUGGAAACCGUUCGCCUUCACCCAGCAGGACCAGAUCUACUAGACCAAGUCUUGCGCCCACUGAUGAGCUAUCUUCAACGCAACCAGACUCGACUCCUGCUUCUCAACCGUCACAGGACAGAUUCACGACUUUGAGCCGCUUUUACAAGGAUCAAAUGGCUGAUGCAUCUGGCGCCGGCCCAAAUGGAUACUCGGACAAUAGCAACUUCAACUCGCCUAACAGUCUGGCGCGUAUCAUGAGCAUCUACGGUGGUCUGUCACACACCGCCCUCAAGAAGGCGCGCGAAAGGCCACAACCAAUGCGCGAGGCUCUAGACGCAGCCGAAGGUCUUGAACUACUAUCACACUCAGCCGAUGCCGAAGCCUUAGAAAUUGAAAAGCUCCGUACCGAAGGCUACGAAGGAACCACGACUUUGUCACAGCGAGUCAGUCACCCAUACAACCAUCGUAUACGCUUCAAUGACCAUCUGUGGCCUAUCGCUACACUCCUACGGACACGUCGCAGCAAGCGAUGCCGCACUUGCCGUCAUAUUAUUGCUCGUCCAGAGCCCAAAAUGGGAAGUACGCGCUACAAGAUUCGUUUACUGGCUCAGAACAACAUUCCUCGCUUGGCUCUGCGUCUUCUCUCACCUGCCGCCUCAUCAGCUCCUGCAUCCUCAUUUGCGCUUACACCUGCAGCACUACAGGCCCAGCACAAUACCGAAUAUGAGAAAUUGAGACCGGGUCUGCCUGUACAGUUCCUUCUCACACUAACAAACCCUUUGUUCGAGCCUGUACGCAUCACGCUGGCUACACCUGCUACUACACCUGGCAAUGUAGCAUCUCGUGUCACGGUCCUCUGUCCCACUUUCCCCAUAGGUGCUGCGAGUGACAUGUGGGACCCAGACGCUAUUUCCAGCGGUACAGCAAAAGAUCAGUCUACCGAAGACAGGCAACCCGAGGCUGGGAAAGUCUGGGAGAGGGGACGCAACUGGACAACAGUGGUUGUAGAAGUGGUGCCUGGUCGGCUUGAUAAGAAGGCAGGAAGCACCGUGGAGAAUGCAACGAGUGAUGAGAGCAAAGGUGCGGAUGAGGAUGUGCUCGAGAUUCCGGUGUUUGUACGUGUAGAGUGGGAAGCAGAAGUCACGGCCGAAGAUGCUGCUGCAACGGGAGCAGCCAAAGGCACCAAGGAGAGCAGGGAGAUUGCUUUCUGGAGUGUCUUGGGUGCGGGAAAGAUAGCUGAACCC